CCCACCUUCAGCCAGACCCCAGACUCUAACAUGGAUCUGAAGGGGACUGAGGAUGAUGAAUCCAGGGGGAGCUGGAAGAUGAGGAGAUUGUAGCCGCGAUGUAACAUUGGGAGGAUGGAGUGUUCCUGGAAAACUAUCAUUCUCCUGGUCUGCGCUUCCUUAGGGAUUCAGUACACAGCCAUCCGAUCCCUGACCGCCAGCAUCACAUCCCAUUGCCCUGGCACAGAGACUGGGAAACAGUGUCACUCCCAACGGAGAGGUUUCAGUAGCUGCUCUGGGAUGUCUCACCCGCACAGGAAACCAAGAAACAAUGACCAGACACACGACAGGAAGCACAUCCUAAUCUUUGCCACCACCAGGAGUGGAUCCUCCUUCCUGGGGCAGUUAUUCAAUCAGCAUCCUGCUAUCUUUUACCUCUUUGAGCCUCUCUAUCACGUGCAACAGGUUUUUGCGAACUCCAGUGCCAGAAUGAGGAACAUGGUGGACAGGCGAGCUCUCCUGGGGGCACACAGGGACCUGCUCAGCAACCUGUAUGACUGCAAUCUGAAUUUCCUGGAGAAUUAUCUGAAACCUGUGCCCAGGGACCAUGAGACCACGGUGUUUUUCCGAAGGGGUGCCAGUAACGCUCUGUGUGAGCCCCCGCUUUGCCACAUGGAUCAGAAUUCGAAGGAUGCAAUUGAACACCUCUGUGCCAGGCAGUGCAAAGCACUGAACUUAACCUUGGCAUCUCAGGUCUGCCAGACACGGUCACACAUAGCAAUAAAAACCGUCAGGAUUCCUGAGAUCAAAGACCUCCGCUUGCUGAGCGAGGACCCCAGGCUCAAUCUGAAGAUCAUCCACCUGGUCCGGGAUCCCAGGGGAAUACUCGCCUCCCGGAUGGGGACUUUCACGGACAAUUUCCGGGCCUGGAAAAUCUGGAACGCCACCGGCAGAAGACCACGCAGUGUUGAUCUAUCCCAAAUAGCCACCACUUGCAGCGACCUCUUCAACUCCGUAGGCACUGGACUCAGCAAACCACCCUGGCUGAGGGGCAAGUACAUGUUGGUGAGAUACGAAGAACUGGCCAGAGAGCCCUUCAAAAAAACUGCUGAGAUUUACCAUUUCAUUGGUUUGGAUGUGGACAAUCAGGUUAAGAAAUGGAUACUUCAGAACACUAGAGGAACAAGUGGUGCGGCAAGAAAUUACAAAUACACAACCACAAGGAACUCGACAGCAACUGCAGAAAGCUGGAGACUCAACCUUUCCUUCCAGAUUGUCCAAACAGUGCAACAUCUCUGCAAUGCCACUCUAAUCCAGCUAGGCUACCAACUGGUGCAGUCACUGAAGGAGUUGCGGAAUGUCUCCAAUAGUUUAGUGGAAUCCAAGGCAUUUGCACCUUUUGUGUAGCCACAUUCUUUGUGGAUACCUUUCAAAUGAUCAACUGAGAGCUUGCUGAAGUGGAGAGUUUCCUGGAGAGAUGAUUGGAGCCCACAGGAGGGAGAGCCAGGGGCCGUGGGCCAGAAGUUGGGUCGGGUCUGUUUAUGGCCUCAAAUAAGUGUGGCACAUACCAGAGUCUCA